AGCUCUGUUUCCUUUUCCAAGUCGGCAUUGCUCUGAGUAACCCUUCCCUGUACCUGCUGCCCGCUCAUCCCAGGAGAGGUUCUGCCUCCUUAAUCGUCACAAACAGGGCAAAAACAGUAAUUGCGAGCAAAGUUACAAGCCGGCCCAAGGAAUCAGCUCCUCCUGGAAAAGGGACGGAGACCAGCCCGCGCAAGUGCCUUGGCACGGCGAGCACCCUCCUUAGCACCCCAAAAAUGCACGCAGCGGGCUCUCCGUGAGGCUGCAAGGGAAGAAACCCAGCAGAGGCACCCGGUGCCCGCGGAGGAGGGCUCCGAAGCGGUUCCCACCCGCGGGUGCUCCCUGCAGCCUCUCACCUCCGGGGGGUGCUCGCCGUUCUCGGCAGCGCUGCGCGGAUCGCGAUGAAAUUUCCUGUGUGUCCAAGUCCGGCUGUCGCUUCGGGGCUGCUCAGAGCGUGCGGUGGCUCCGCAGAGGCCACCUCUCCCCGGCCACCCCGCCGCCAUGGGGACAGCGUCCCCCCGUACCGGGCUGCUGCUGGCUGCGCUCUGCCUGCUCGCCUCCCACGGAGGGGCAGCAGCUUUCCUGAUCACCACGCCGUACUCGCUGUGUGUCUGCCCCGAGGGCCAGAACGUCACCCUGAGCUGCCGGAUCAGCGGCGCCCUGGCCGAGCGGCACGACCUGCUCUACAAAACCUGGUACUUCAGCAGCACGGGCGACCAGAGCUGCUCCGACAAGCGCCACAUCCGCAACGUCACCGACAAGGAGCUGCGCCACGACCUCGGCAGGCACCACGAGCUGCCGGCCAACGCCUCCCAAAAACCCUCCCCGGGGCGGCAAAGCGGCCACCGCGGCGUGGAGUUUGUCCUUGACCACCACGGCGCCUUCCACAUUGUGGUGAUGAACCUGACGCUGCAGGACAGCGGGAAUUACUGCUGCUACGCCGUGGAGGUCAGGCGGGAAGGUCACGGCAAGCCCCACACCAUGCAGGUGGCUCACGGCUUCGUGGAGCUGCAGAUCCAGCGAGGCAAAGGAGGGCUUCAAAACUGCACAUUUCACACUGCCACUGGCAAAGAUAUCACGGCCGCCGCGCUGGCCACGGGCGCCUGCAUCGUGGGCAUCCUCUGCCUGCCCCUCAUCCUGCUCCUCAUUUACAAGCAGAGACAAGCUGCCAGCAGCAGACGUGCCCACGAGCUUGUCAGGAUGGAUAGCGCCCAGGGCAUUGAGAACCCCGUGUUCGAGGCGGCGCCGGCGGCGGGCAGCGCGGAGCCCCGGCCCCGGCCCCAGCUGUCCUACGUGGCCAGCAGGCUGCCCUCCGAGUCCGGCCGGCACCUGCUCUCGGAGCCCAACACCCCCCUGUCCCCCCCCGGGCCUGGAGACUGCUUCUUCCCCACCCUGGAUCCUGUUCCUGACUCACCAAAUUCCUUGAAAGCCUGAAGACCCCAGAGGAAACCACAUCCUGCAGAGCACGCCAUGCUCACCAAGACAACAGCCCCAGGAGGGUGGCAGGGCCAGGGGCAGCAGUGCCUUAAGAAAUGAAGCUGUGUGCAGGAUCCCUGCCCUUUUCUCCCAUCCUGCCACUGCUCUGGGACUGGAAGUGAACCUCUCUUGCUUGGAUUUCGAUUUUUAACUACCUGUUUCCAUGGAGAAGUGCGUGGCUCUGUACUGCUCACAUUUUACAGACUAGCUAAAAAUUGAGGAUGUGGGGAUGGAAGGAUGUCCUGCACCUGCAGACUUCCCCGAGGAUUAACUUAUUGCCAGGGUCUCAGCUCUGCAACAUCAACACGUUUCUGGAUCCUUGACUGAACAUCCUCUCUGGGAGUGGAUGGGAAAAUACUUUAUUCAGCAUGGAACAAAACAGGAUCACCAGCCAACCUUGUACUACCUUUUUCUUUGCAAAACAGGAAGGGGAGAGGCUCCCUGCUGCCACCAGAGCCCUCUUUCCUUACCAGCCUUUUGAAAUGGCCAUGGACUUGUGAUGCUGCUGCCUUUCAGCAGAACACAUGUUGGGAGGAGCCUUAUUUCUGCUGCAGUUUUAUCCUUGGCUUGGGAUCAGGGCAAUUUAUCUUUCUGUUUGUUUCAUUAUCAGUGCUGAUUAAAAGGAAAAAAGGA